AUUAAGAUAUAUGCAAAUAAACAUCCAACACAGAAACCAAACCCUAAUUGAAUUUCAUUAUACCUGUCUUCUUUAUUCUUUUUGGGCGAAUUUUCAAUUGCGUACAAGCAAAGCGCCUUUCGGUGGAAUUCGCAAUCGGAUCUCGCUCGAUUUUUAAUUAUAACAAAAGUCAUGAUUCUAAGUCAAACCAUGGUUGCUGAAUCUGAUAUCAAGGUCCGAGUUUCUGACUCUGUGCGUGCUGAGAUUCCUCAAUUUGGAUCGGGCAUGAGUUUUGCAACUACUACUACCAUUGAAGAACCCACCUGUGAGUUUUUCCCAGCUAUACGUUCAGGGAGCUUUGCUGACAUUCGAGGCCGAGACACCAUGGAGGAUGAACACAUCUGCAUUGACGACUUAUCAACUCAUCUUAGAUCCUCGGUUCCUAGUGCUUUCUACGGCGUCUUUGAUGGCCAUGGUGGACCCGAAGCAUCACUUUACAUGAAGGACAACUUGACCAGACUCUUCUUCCAAGAUGCCGUGUUUCCAGAGAUGCCCUCCAUUGUGGACAACUUUUUCUUACAAGAAGUCGAGAACUCUCACCGGAAAGCUUUUGCUUUGGCUGAUCUCGCCAUGGCUGAUGAAAGCAUUGUCAGGGCUUCGUGCGGGACAACCGCCUUGACGGCUCUCAUCAUCGGACGACAUCUUCUGGUUGCUAACGCUGGAGAUUGCCGCGCAGUGCUAUGCCGGAGAGGAGUGGCUAUUGAUAUGUCUUUCGAUCACAGGUCAACUUAUGAGCCGGAACGUAGGCGGAUUGAGGAUCUUGGAGGAUACUUUGAGGACGGGUACCUCAACGGAGUCCUAGCUGUCACUCGGGCCAUUGGUGACUGGGAACUGAAGACUCCUUUCACUGGCUCUUCUUCACCUCUCAUCUCAGACCCGGAGAUUCAGCAACUCAUCCUAACAGAGGACGACGAGUUCUUGAUUUUGGCAUGUGAUGGUAUAUGGGACGUGUUGUCAAGCCAGAAUGCAGUGAGUAACGUUAGGCAAGGGCUUAGGAGGCACGGUGACCCGAGACAAUGCGCGAUGGAACUUGGGAAAGAAGCAGCGAGGCUUAACUCAUCAGAUAAUCUGACGGUUGUCGUCAUCUGCUUCUCCUCGGUCCCAUCUUCACCUCAACAACCGCAGAGGAGAAGGUGCAGAUUCUCUGUUUCUGAUGAAGCUCGAGCUCGGUUACAAGCGAUGCUUGGUGGCGACUGAAGCCAAUUUUUUUUUUGGGCAUUGCAUAUAAAAAUGGAUGGGUUUUAGACCAGUGCAGCGAUGAUAUCUCUAAUUUGAGAUUAGUUUCAGUGAGAUAAAAUAAAAGACUUACACAGAGAUAGAGAGGUAAGGACAUGCUUGUAAUGUGGUUGGUCAUUUUUUAUUCAUCUGUUUGUUAGGUUGUUUCAGAAGAGACAGUAAGAGCAAUCUGAAGUUUUGUUAGGAUUUUUGAAAGUAGAAACACCAGAUUGGUGAUGAUGAGUAGUUCAAGUUUUGUUUUUGAGGAUUAUUGAUGUACUAUUAUACCAUUAAUGUUUAAGAAAUUUGUUAUUAAA